AACAGCAGCACAAAUAAUGUCAUCCACUACUUCAGGAAAAAAAAAACUUCACAGAAAAAACCUGACUUUUAGGACCAUCAGACUAAAUGGAUGGCUGUGAUUAACCCACAUCAGCAAUCAGAAACAGACUACACCUUAUCAUCUCACUAAAAUAUACUGACCUUUUUAGGAACUUUAAACUCUCCUUGAUUCUUCUUGUCCACCUCACAUGAUCAGAUCAAUGCACCAAACAGAACUUUUUUUCACCUUCUCUCUCCAUCUCUUUGAUGUUAGUUCAACCAAGUACAUGUACAUGUCUGACUAAAUGCUUGCUUGCUUGCAUAUAUGUCAUAGGAUUCCUAUAUAGUGAACCUGAUUACAGGUUGCAAUAAAAAGGCCAACCAGAGAUCCAGCUGCACUUGCUGAUGACUGAUAUGAGAUGAAGGGGGCCAUAUACUGUAUACUUGUAUCUCAAAGUCUUCUUCAGCAUUUGCCAGCUGUACUCAGCAGCAACAGCAGCAACAGCAGACAUGGAUGGCUACCACCUUCAAGAGACAUGUAAUGGUGUGAGAGAGCCAAUGUUUGAGAAGCCAUUGACACCAAGUGAUGUAGGGAAGCUUAACAGGUUGGUUAUACCAAAACAAUAUGCAGAGAAGUACUUCCCUUUGGCAUCUGAGUCUGGUGAGAAAGGUUUGUUGUUGUGUUUUGAAGAUGAAGGUGGCAAACUAUGGAGGUUUCGUUACUCUUACUGGACUAGUAGUCAGAGUUAUGUGCUUACUAAAGGAUGGAGUAGGUAUGUUAAAGAGAAGAGACUUGAUGCAGGUGAUCUUGUUAUCUUUGAACGGACCUUGGCUGGAGACCGGUUCUUCAUUGCUUGUCGCCGACGUGGCUCACCUGAAGAACCUUCUUCUUCUUCUGCACAUAAUGCAUGGAAUCAGCAGUCAUUCUAUAAUUCUUAUAAUGCCAGCUCUUCAAUGCCUUCUUCCUACUUGUAUAUGAGCUCCAUGCAGCAGGACUGCUUUGUUCAAAGAGGAGGAGAGCAGAGGAGUAGAAGUAAUAACACAGUGGGAGUGCCAAAGACACUGAGGCUGUUUGGAGUGAAUCUGGAAUGCAUACCAGAUGAGACAGAAGAUCAAGAGCAAGUAGUUCACUCAGGGAUGUGUUUUAUGGAUCAGAACUCUGUUCACAGAGGAAGGUUCAUGCCUGGCAAUGCAUCAACUUCACAACUGUAAGUAACAGUGUGUAACUCAUGAUGUUGCAUUUUCAGCCAAAAAAUGAAAGACAUCAUCAGUCCACAGGAGAAGUAAGAAUGUUCUUACAACUACUAGUAUUACUGCUCUUGAAAAGUCUAUAACAAGAUUGUUCAUAUGGUUUAUCAAAGAACAAGUGAACUUUAUUAGUUUUCUUGUUUCACCUGCUUGAGAAGAAGAAGAAGGAGAAGGGAAAUCCCUGGUUUUCCGGGCAACCUCCACUAGUCACUCACUCUGAGAAACUCUACUGUACUGGACUGGUGCAUGAUGGGGGUUUUCAGGAAACAUCAGGCUGAAAAGGGGCAGAGAUAUGGGUGGCGGCCAGAAACCCUGAAACUGAGGGACCUGGAGCUGGGCCCACCCACUAUCAUGCAAUCUUUUCAAGGAAAAAAGAUGGGAGGGAAUCUAAGGGAGAGUUUUUUUUCUUUUAACUUUUUCCUUGUUGUAAUGCUUCCUUUCCUAAAUCCUCUAAAUGUCAAUCUGUCUCUCUGAAGUGAAUAGGAAUGGUGGUUAAUUGAAGUGGGUUCAGGUGCAUGGGUACAGUGCUGACCAUGAUAUGAUAUGAAUGACAUUGCAAAGGUGUCAGUGUGCAUGCAAAGAGAGAGAGAAAAGACACCUGCAGAUCUCCAUGUCCUUUGUUCAUCACAAAAAGGAUAUGUUCAGUGAUUAGUCCUAAUUUCAAUACCAUUUGUUCC